AUGCCGUACGCAGACCCAAGAUCGCACCGGCGUGCGUUCAACCUUCGUCGCUCUUUCGCGAGCUUUGUAAAGUCGAAGCUCUCCUACUUCUUCGUCCCCAGACACCAACCGCCUCUGCCCUUCGUCCACCCAGUUAUCGUUCCCCCUCCUUCCCUUCCACCGGUACGACCGCCAGUCAUCAGUCGCCCACACCAGUUACGACGUGUUCCCCCACCCAUUUAUCAUGCCCCGCCCCGCCUACAUUUCAUCCAUCGACUCCCUGUCGAGAUCCUCAGCCUCAUCUUCGUGAUCGGUUCGGAAGAUGACUCCUACCUUCCCAUCGCGGUGUCCCACGUCUGCAGAACUUGGCGUCAAAUUGCUCUGCAUACGCCGUCACUGUGGCGUCGCAUCACACUUACCCCCCAUGAGUACAUGUGGAGGCAUAGGAUCCAUCGAGCGAGAGCGUGCACUCUCGACAUCGAAUUGCUGCCCUGGCGGACAAUCGCUGGGGGCAUCCGUCGCUCUCAAGAGCUCAACCCAUACACCGUACAAUGGUACAUGCAUAUCGCGCUUCCACACAUCGUCAAAUGGCGUUCGCUCGAGAUCGUGUACACGGAGUAUUCACCCUACCUGUGGCGUGCGACAUUAGCUGGCUUCUACUCCCCAGCACCAGCGCUGGAGGCGCUGUCCCUCAUAUAUCGCCUCAACGAUGAUACCCAGAAGUUUCUUCUCUUCUCAGAACAGGCUCCUCGCCUGCGUCGAGUAACGGUGGAUGGGAUAAGAUUGGUGUGGACACGGACGUUGUUCGGCAACCUGACCUUCCUCGACUAUACCCAUCAUGGAUUUACAAGUGGUCACCAAGCAGUCCACGACGUCAUCUCAAUCCUCACAAUCUGCCACCGUUUGGUUGAACUCUGCGUCCUCUUUCCUCGAGGACAGGUUGCGCGUCUGCCCUCGCGUCGCGAUCAUGUUACCAAACGCGCCAAACUCUCAUCACUCGCUCAUCUGCAAUUGAGCGUCGACGGAUCUGACAUUCCCUUCGAGCUCGCACACCUCGUCACACUUAUCUCGACACCACGCCUCACGACCCUCCGCCUGGUUGAUCUGGGCCACUCUUAUCACGCUUUCCCCAGUCUGAAAUCCUUCUUCUACGUUUACUCCCUCCCUCCGACCCUGCGCUCCGUUCACACGAACUAUGGCUGGUACGAUCCCCGUAUGGUCCAGCCUAUGGUACAAUCUCUUCCAAAGCUUAUGGAGAUUAUCCUCAAGAGACCCCGUGCGCCAGAACAAGUGCUAAAUGUGAAUACGCGGGCGAAGUCUGUCAGGGUGAAGCGCAGAACAGGAUCCACCAGUCGCACGACUGCUCAGGACUCCCACAGACAUUAUUACCGUAUCGACCAGGCUAAUUUACCGUACUACUCAAGCCGCGUAUAA